CAGGUUGUACACCAUUUGCAACUAGUUUGAUAACCGACUAUUUUUCAGAGAGUGGCCGUGCCACUGCGAUUGGUUUCUACAACUGGGGUAUUUACGUCGGUUACAGUAUGGCGUAUGCAAUCGGCAAUUUUAUUACUCAAGCAAAGAGUUGGAGAUGGGCAUUUUUUAUCGCUGGUAUUCCUGGGUUUGUUCUGGGAGUCCUAAUAAUUCUGACUAUGAUGGAACCUGAAAGGAAAAAAAUUCCUAAAGAGAAUAACCAGGAAAUGAAAGUUUCAGAAUAUAAUAGUUUGUCGUUUUGUUCUAAAGUUGGAAGAGUUGCUAAGCCUUUUUGUAACCCGUCAUUGUUAUUUAUUUGCUUCGCUGGAGCUGUCAGAAAUGGUGCUGGUUAUGUAUGGGCCUACAAUACACAGCCAUUUUUCGACCAGUAUUACCCAGAGGUAAACACUGGUAUGUGGUUGUCAUGGAUACCAUUAGUUAGUGGGAGUAUCAGCGUGGUGCUAGGUGGAUUCAUCGCAGACAGGGUGGUAAAGAAAAGUGGACCAGUUGGUAGAAUAUGGGUGAUAGUGGUCAGCUUAUUGCUGGCAUCUCCAUUUGCAGCCUUAACUCUGUGGCUGGCGCCACCAUGGGCUUUUAUAAUGCAAAUACCAACCUAUAUAUUUGGUGAGAUGUGGGUUGGAGUCACCUUGACAGUCAUAGUGGAAUUGGUCCCAUCAACAAUUCGCACUGCUGCAAUCGCCGUUUAUUUUUUUAUUAUUUCUAAUAUUGGUGGUACCAUGCCAUUACUGGUGACUCCAUUAGCAGAUCUUACAAAUCUCAAAAUAGCACUACUUAUAUUGUAUCCAGGAAUGUACGUUACUGGUGCAUUGCUAUAUGUUACGACACUUUUUGUUCUGAAACGAGAUAUCGAUAAAGCACACAACAUGGAUGCUCUGACGUAUUCAUUAUUGAAAGAUUCUGAGAAGUCUGAUGGGACCAGUGAUGUGGAGGAUGAUACAAAGAAACCAUCCUAUGGAACAGUCGAAAACUAAGCAACUAAUUGAACCUAAGUCUGUAAUUUGAAAACAGUUGGCUUAUCAGGAUUUUGAUAUUGUUCAUAUUUUACUGUGUUCAAUUAUGGCUAUAAUUCCCUUAAAUAUUGAAAUGUGCUAUUAUGAUAUGCUUAUAAAUGAUUAUGCAUAAACAAAUUCUGGUGGUCAUGCACUUCAGUUAAAAAUCAAAAUGUGCAUCACCCCUUUUUUUUAGAAAAAAUGGAAUGAAAAACAAAAGAAAAUGAUUUUUUUUGUAAUAAUAUUCAGGUUGCUGAAUUGUUCAAGUUACAGACAUUGAGUUACGGACAUUGAGUUACAGACAUCAGGUUACAAACAUCAAGUUACAAUUUGGAUGUGAUUUCUAAAAUAUAGGAGCGGCCAUUUGUUUAACUCAAUGUUUUCGUAAAUCGAACAAUUCAGCAUCUCAAAAAAAAUCUAAUUGCAAGCACAAAUUUAAUAACUGUUUUAUUUAAAAAGAAAACUGGACGCAUCAAUCUUGGAAAGAAAUUGACCAGAAUUUUUAUUUUCUUUACACUGGGCCUUUUUGAGAAUAUGUAAUAUAUUAACUGGAUUUGAUUUUAAUAGUGGAUAUGAUGUUGCACAGAUAUUCACUGAGUAAAAUUCACUAGAAUUGUAAAGAAAAACCCAUCAAAUAAUUCAUCUUACGGGUACAUAUAAAUACAGAAAUCUCAAAUUAGUCUCUUAUUUUGCUGAAGGUCUGAUAGAGUUUUAGAAUAUUUUGCAGCAUGGCAGCUACAUUUAUAUUUAUUACCACUUUUAGUAAUUUUCUACUUUUUAUCACAUGCUCAGCUGUACUAAGAUUGUAUUUAAUUAUUAAAGCACCAGUUAUAUUCAAUAUCAUAAAAUUUGUAAGCCCCAAAUCUUAACACAUUGACUGCUGGUUCCGUUAUAUUGGCUACCCAUGGAAGCUUCCAGCAAGCAAACCCUUCAAAUAAAAAAUAAAUUCAUAUAAUUUUCGACCGGUAAUUUUAAAAAAAAUGGUCAAGGCCUGCAAUGAAUAUCCAGUUAGUCUAAAAUUUUCUUUUGACCAACAAUGAUUUACAAUGCCUUGUCGGACACUCAGAUAAAAUUUCAACAUUUGCUGCACAGCAUUUUAUUAGACUGGCAAAGUCGGGACUUCUUUUUUGUUUUACAAAAAAAAAUAUAAUUAAUUGUCAAUUUAGCCUUUUUAACGUGAUGGUAAAAACUAGCGUGACUGCGAAAGAAAUCCCAACUGAGCGCAUCUGCAGGUGACCCCCCUUCGUUGGAGUGAAAACCGGAGCGAAAUUACUCCGAUGAUUAUGCUAAUUAAAAGAUGUUGACUAGCAUUGACAACGAAUCAAAGUGCAGCUGUAUACGUCAUCUCUUAUCUAUGUUAAUGUACGUGACCUUUCACUUCUGAGGUCCCGGCGAUUUUGAAAGAAAACUUAUAUACAAUGUACAUUGUACUUUUAAAUCAAUUUCCAGUAAACAUGGAUGAAAGUAUCGCCGUUGCGCUUAACAAAAGUUAAAGUAUCCAUCUCUGCGAUCGAAUCGAAUCAAUCUUUAAAACAUCACGUUUACUUUCACACACCCACUCAUGAAUAAACAAUGACAUUAUGAAUAAUUAAUAUCAGUCAAAUGUCCGCAGAUGCGUCUAGUCAGGAUUUCUUUAGCGGUCAGCUUAGUUUUUGCGCUCGCGCUAAAAGGACUAAAACAACAGUUAUUUCUUUUUGUAAAACAAAAAAGAAGUUCUGACUUUGCCAGUAAAAGCUUUUUAUGUGCAAUAUGUGUCCUAAGGUACAAGACAUAUAAACUGUAUUGUUUAUUUAUUAAAAAUUUGAAUGUACAUUGCACUAAUACCUUAAUGUAGAACGCUACAUAAAAGUCAAAAUAUUGUCAUUUUCUUUAUAUUUUCUUAUUUGAUAUGUUACAAGGAGGAGGAAAAUGAAAUACAAAUUUGCAGUCACCUUUCUCAGUUCAGAGAAAAUCGAUUAAUGAAAUUAGCAUGUUUUACCUGUUUUAGGGCAUUUUCCUAUGGCAUCUCAAAAUAUUGCUCAUUGACAUGUGGUCAAAAAAAGAUAUAUAGGAUUUUCAGAUUUCUAGAAGUAUUAACAAAAAUUGAUAAUAUUUUAGUGGGUUUUUAAUGAGGAAAUGUUUCCUUCGUGGUCUAUGAAAAUUGCUGCUAAAAUUGUAUGCAUUUAUGCAUAUUAUUUCACUGUU